CUCUAAGAAGUGUGUGAGUUGGAGCAUCUGCUGAUAUUCUUCUUCUGUAACAACAAUGUCCAUGCUGCAGACGACCACCGUGCCAGCUGCCUGUGGGGCUCCCACCACCGUCUGCUCGGGCACAAACUGCCUCGUUCCUCCCAGUGAUUUCAAUGCGAUCUUGAGCGUGGUGCUGAGCACGGUGCUCACCGUCAUGCUCGCCAUGGUCAUGUUCUCCAUGGGCUGCACAGUGGAGGCCUCAAAGCUGUGGGGCCACAUCAAGAGGCCGUGGGGCAUCAUCAUCGGCUUCCUCUGCCAGUUUGGCAUCAUGCCCUUCACGGCUUUUGCCCUGUCGCUGGCCUUUGGGGUGCUGCCCGUGCAGGCGGUGGUCAUCAUCAUCAUGGGCUGCUGCCCAGGUGGCUCGAGCUCCAACAUCAUCUGCUACUGGCUGGAUGGAGACAUGGACCUCAGUAUCAGUAUGACGACCUGCUCCUCUAUCCUGGCUUUGGGGAUGAUGCCUCUGUGUCUUUUAAUCUACACCACUGUGUGGACGUCCAGUGACACCAUCAAGAUCCCGUAUGACAGUAUCGGUAUCACUCUGGCAGCCCUAAUCAUCCCGAUCUCUGUGGGAAUGUACGUCAAGCACAGGUGGCCCAUUGCGGCAAAAAUGAUCCUGAAGGUGGGGUCCUUUGCUGGCUUUGGUCUCAUUAUCAUUAUAGCCGUGGUUGGAGGAGUCCUCUACCAGUCCUCCUGGACUAUUGCUCCCUCCCUGUGGAUAAUUGGAACCAUCUACCCCUUUAUUGGAUUCAGCCUUGGGUUCUUUCUGGCUCGCUUCGCGGGUCAACCCUGGUACAGGUGUCGAACUAUCGCGCUGGAGACAGGUUUCCAGAACUCCCAGUUGUGCAGCACUAUCGUCCAGCUGUCCUUUAGCCCAAAGGAGCUGGAAGUCAUGUUUGCCUUCCCCCUCAUCUACAGCAUCUUCCAAAUUGUGGCAGCACUCGCCUUUGUGGGAUGUUUCCAGGCAUACAAAAGGCGUUGCAGCGGCUCGUCUGACAGCGAGGCUCCGUACUUGGAUGCAAAGUACUACCCUCGGGAAAAUGGUGGCUUUGAGGGCGAUGAGAGCAACAGCAGUGAUGUGAAGACUAAAAGCACAGACAAGAACACCGAGCUGUGAUAUUAGAGCCCUGGAAAGCACAGACUGUCAGCAUGAACGAUGCAGCACUGAAGGCAGCAGCCUGACUCCACUGUGAACAUGCUGCACCCUGCAGGCUAAACCUGCAUCACACUGAACCCAGUACAGCCAGUGCCUAACUGCAGGUUGGCCACCUGCUGAAUUAUGUGUCACUCUUGUAUUCAUGUGUAAAUAUUUAUAACCAGUCUGCCUGUAGACUCGUGUCUCUUGAUCAAUGCUUCAGUAAUCAGUAACUCUGACAGGACGUUUUUGUAGCUUUACUCUCAGAAAUACAACAGAGUUCAGACUGUUUCUGUGGCAGCCAUAAUUUAUCUGAUAUUAACUUUAUAGCAAAAGGAACAGAGUGAAGACAAUAAAGAACAACCUGCAGCACACUGAUGCAGAUACAGCUAAAGAAAAGAUGUGCAAGUUCCUGUGGUUGUUUCAAAGUGCGUGCUUGAAACAACCUGCCUGAUGAAGCUGCACUGAGCCACAGUUACCCCGGGGGGUAACUGAGCAGCAGAUGGGCGCGCCUGUACAUAGCUUAGCUAGAACUGGACUUAGCUAAAGUUAACUGGAUAAAUAUCACAAAUGAAAGAAAAAGUUGGAAUUUCUCAACUAAAACAAAGGUUAGCAAUUAAGUUAU